CCAAUUUUGACUUUUUUAAUAAGUCAUUUCAGCAAGGAUCAAGUCAAGUAAAAUGACCGCAGCUUCUUGGGAACAUCAGUUAACGCAUUAUCUGCCUUGGUUUAGCACAGCAUUGCUCGGUGCUUACGUUAUUUAUAAACUGGUUAGAAAAGAUCAGCGUUGUGAAUGGGUGAAUAAAUCAAUACAGAAGGACCAGCCAAAAGUCGUCAAUGUUAUUGAUAUUGAGGAUAUUGACAAAAAAACUGUGUAUUGUAGAUGUUGGCGCACUAAAACGUGGCCAUUCUGUGAUGGAAGUCAUGUAAAACAUAACCAAUGUACUGGUGACAAUGUUGGUCCAUUAGUACUAAAGAAGGAAACGUUGUGAAUCCAUUGAUAAAGAUAAUUCUACCAAUUAUUUCUAAAGACACUUAGUAUUCUGUGCAUGUAAGUGGGCAAAAAUUCUGUUCAGAAACUUGUUGAAAAACGGAUACAAUAUCAUACUUUACUUCAUAAUAAAAGCUUUGGGUUCAAUUA